UAGCAGCUAGCGAGCUAACGAAUAGGAGCUUUUUAACGCUAGCUAGCCAGCUAGCGAACACAUGAUAAGGGCAAUGACGCAAAUCUGUACAAACUGACAGUUUGUCUUAAACAAAAAGUAGAUAUCUACUGUGUCUUUCCAAAGAAGAAAGACCACCAUCACCUGAAAACAAUGAUAGCCAACUGUGGUAAGCUAGCCAAAUGUACUAGCUAACAACCCGCAGUGGUAAGGAAAAAUACGAGAUUCUUUAGCUAGCUAACGACGUUACUGCUUUACACGGAAGAGAAGCGGCACAGCUGAGCAGCGUUGAUUUACCUAAGGGAGUCGUCGAUAAACCAUUUAAAACUAUAUAGUUAUCACGAGAGGUUACGAAGUUUUCUAUCCAGCCAAACACUCCGUCUCAAUUCUGAUAGCUAAUUUAGCGUUGGCUGUUUUAUUUUGAUGUGGCCUAACUAGCAUGCUAAUCGAGUGUUCAUGAUGUAAUUGCUGCCAAAUCUCUAUGUUAGCCAUUCUGUUUAUUCCGACACAUUAUAAUGCAUUUGUUUAUAAGUAUUAUCUCUAAAUUACAUGUUGAUGUCUUGUUUUGGAAGCACAACUAAGGUUACCUAGCUAAGUAGCAAUGGUUGGCAUAUAGCUAACUGCUAACUAUUUGGUUAUAGCUAACGUUAGCAUGUAUCUAAUGUUAAGUGUUUUCAGUUGACAAAUCAGCUAGGUAUCUUGCUAUGUUUGUUGGUGGCGUGGCAAAUAACGUCUGGAGGAAAUUGUUGAUAGCUAAAAUAACAUGUAGGCAGCUGCUAGCUAGCAUUACCUAGCCAGCUAACUUAGAUAACAGUAAAAUACGUUAUAUUGUGUCUAUCAGUCAGUAGGUUGGCCUUGACGUUAACGUUAUAGUUACCAAGGGGUCAUGAAAAAUAUAAUUCCUAGUUAGUUGGGAUAUGAACUAAGCUCCCGAAUGGCUAAUGGGUAGCUAGCUAGCUUUCUGCAUUGGCUGAUUCAGAUACUUUAGGGUAGCAGUAUACAUAUAUAUCUACGGAGUAUCAUUGCAUAUGUUUAUUCUGAUCAUUUCUCAGGAUUCAUAAAGCUUCCGGUCUCAUGAGGUUGAGGACUCCAAAUACAUAUCUAAAGAAAUGAGUCCAACCUAGUUACGGCUCCAUCUCUGAGUAGGAGCGUUAUUAUGAUUGCCUGUGACAUUAGAGCGGUGCACGGCGUCUUCCUCUGAAGGAUGUUAUCAGGACCUACUCUUAAUUUAUUGAAGUGUGACUCAAAAUGCUGGAAAUGUGUGAAGAGACCAACCAAAGCAGUUGUGAUUUUUCUUCCAGAUGAAUGUUAUUUAGUCAGUGGGUCACCACCAGUGUGCCAAAAAGUAAUUCUCCAGAUAAAGCAAGGAUUACUUUUUAGCAAGAACUGCACAGCAAAGCAGCCCAGUCUGGAGCACGAACAUGCACAGCCCCCCUUGAGAUACACUAAGGACUAUACACCAGAAAGUGAAGAGGACUGUCUUCAACUGACUCAUUAACUUUUCAUCCUCAAUGGAAGUGCCGUUGUAGAUACGUGAACGGGUGGCUACAACUGGACCGUCUGGAGCUCCAGCCUUAGAGGAAACCUUGCAACCCUGGGUUGGCUGCUCUGAGGGGGACAAUGGGUUCCCAAGCUCUUCAGAUACUGCGGCAGGGGGUGUGGGCUUCGCUCACAGGAGGCUGGUAUGUGGACCCCCAUCAGAGCACGUUCUCCAACUGCUUCCACCUGUACCUCUGGAUCUUUCUCCUGGCCUUCCCUUUCCUACUCUACAUGUCUCUCCCCCCCAGCCUGGUCGUGGCAGGUGUGUACUGUGCUGUGGUGGCAACCUUCUUCACAGCCAUAAAGGCAGUGAACUUUCGCCUCCAUGCCAUGUUCGACCUGGGGGAGAUAGUGGAGAAGAGGCAGGCCUCGCUCAUAACAGACGCCCCACGGCUAGAAGAGGGGGAUGAUGGGUCCGGAGGCCACGACGGGAAUCAGCACGGGGACAGCAAUGUUGGUGUGGAGAUGACUGUGUUCAGGAAGGUCAACUCAACACCUCCAGUUCGCUGCAGCUCCCAGCACUCUCUGUUUGGACUCAACCAGGUGUCGGAGUUUUUGCCUCAGCUUGAUGACAGUGGAGGCUCCAAGGAUAUCAAGGAUCUGAUGCGAGAGCAAGGCAGCAACAACUUGAUUGUCACGUCAGCACACCGGGAGAUUCUCCGCCACAGCUCCCAGGACCCGAUCCAUGUUGCCAAUGUUGCCAACAUGGUCCAGUCCUGCUUGGCUGCUGCUCUAGGAGGAGAGUUCCCGGGUCUAAGGGGAGUGGGAGCAGGGAUGUCAGGGGGAUUUGGUAGCUUACAACCUGGGGAGUGCAUCUCCAUCCCCCCCUCCCCUUCCAGUCAGGAAGACGGAGGAGAGAAGGGCCAGUUGGAAGAGAUUGAGGGGAUGCUGGAGCAGCUGUCCCAGCAGAGUCCUGAUGAGGAUGUGAUCGUGAUGGGGGCCUACUCCCCCCUGGGCCCCUCUGCUGAGUCGGGGAGCCUGGGGGACACUCCCAUCAGCCCUCUCAUAAAGAGCAGUCUGAGUGAGGAGCUGAGUGAGAACCUGUUGGGGCUGGGCCUUGACCCCGUGGCCUUCGCCCCAGGAACAGAGCACCCAGGCAGCCGCAGUGGGGUGGCCAUGGCCGCUGGCUCCACAGACAGCUGCUUCAGUGGGGGCGGGGCAGCCACGGACCGCGAGACUCUCAGCACCGUCAGCAGCUACCGCAGUGAGAAGACUGACUCCACCCAGCUGGAGAGCCCUUCACUCAGCCUGCCACGGAACAUAGACGCAGGGACACCGACCUCUGCCCCAGCCCUGGGCACCAGUACCCUAGAGCCAGCAGAGGAGCCAGUGCUGCAGGGGGGAAGUGAUACUGACGACCUGUCGGACAGCGAACUGCUGCGCUCCCCCGCCAAAGAGUGCUCUCUGGGCCAGGAGCUUGAUAGGACACUAGUGGAAGGGGAAGAUUUGCCACAUGUCCCCUCAGAUAUUGCACAGCCCCCCUCCCUCCAGGACUCAUCUCCCUCCAGUAGUGGGCACUCCGAGGCCUGUGAUCUGGACAGGAGGGUUCCCCCCCUCCCCCCUCCGAGGCAGGCCAGCUCGGUGCCGUCAGGGCUGGCCCUGGGUCUAGUGUGUUCUGAGCCUGCGUUGCCCGUCUCCUCCACCCCAUUCCUGCACUCUGAGCAGUCCUCUCUGCAGGCCCAGCAGGUGGUGCGCCCCAAAGACUUGAAGCUGCUGCGGACCGGUGGCAGUAGUGUGGGCCACCGGCCUGGCCGCAGGAAAGCCCCUCGUAAGCGAGGUGGAGCGGGAAGCAGCAGCUUCGACUGCAGCUCCUACAGGCGGCACCACGGGCAGCACAGAGACUACAUCCCAGUGCGCAGCCGGCUGGGGGCUAAGGCCUACAGCGAGAGCCUGUUUGAGGACUCCAGUGACGAGGACGACGGCAGUGACAUGAGCGCCGGCUCAAGUCUGGGCUCCCAGAGACGCUACAGCUCUGACGACGACGACGAUGACGAUUCGAGCUCCUCUACCUCCUGCUACUCCCCUGACCUCGCUAACGCUGGCAUUACGAACCCGCCCCCCUCCUCCACCCAGCUGCCCAACCCCAGGGAAGGAGAGUUGUCUGAGACGGCUGGCCCAUCCCACUCCCAAAGGGCUCAGAGGUCAGCUAGCACGGCUAGUGCUAAGACUCACGCCAGGGUGCUCAGUAUGGACGGGGCCGGUGGGGGCCACACUAACACUGUGGCCCUACCCUCCACCAUGCUGACCUCCUCCACCCCCGCUCCACGAACCCUCACCGUCUCCAAGUCAGACCUGGAGGCCCGGACCAGCCAUACAGACGGCUUCCCUGGAACUCACCACCAUCGCCUGGACUCUCUGGGAGGCUCCUGGGCUGGCAACCAGACGGGCUGGAGGGCCGGGGAACUGGUGGAGGAGGGAGCUGUGGGGGGAGCUCUGGCCCCAGAGGAGGGGGGCAAGCGGGACUCGGUGAGCAGUGUGAAGAGGACCCAGGCCAUCCGCAGGCGACACAACGCGGGGAGCAACCCCACACCACCCCCCUCUACCAUGGGCUCCCCACCCAGUCUCCAGGACCUCCAGCGUGCCCGUACCUCCUCACACUCGCGGACCCGGACCCUGCCCUCUGCCUUACAGUUCGCCACCUCACUACUGCUGCCCCGCGGGGGGGUCCACGAGGCCUCUACCUUCGACGACACCACAGAGGGGGCUGUGCACUACUUUUAUGACGAGGGUGGAGUGAAGAGAUCGUACACGUUUGGACCUGCUGGAGGCGGUUAUGAGGACCCAGUGGCGGAGCGGGAACGACAGUCCCAAUCCUCCAGCUUCACUUCCACUGAUGUCCAGGAGGGGGCCCCGGUGCUUACCAUGCUCCAGCCUAGGCCCGUGGUUCUGCAGGGCAUGCAGGUACGCAGGGUGCCCCUGGAGAUGUCAGAGAUGCCAGAGUUUGACCUGGACCAUGAGUCUCUGCAUGAGUCCCACGAGAACACGCUGAUGAUCGAGGAGAAGGCCAAGCCCAAACAGUACUAUCGUUUCUGGGUGCUGCCAGGGAAGUGGCUGAGGGUACGCUACGACCGCCUGGCCCUGCUGGCGCUACUGGACAGGAACCGUGGUGUAGGGGAGAAUGUGUUUGCGGUGGUGCUGGCCAGCAUGGUGGCCUUCCUGGGGUUCCUGCUCCUCUUGCAGGGCUUCUUCAGGGACAUCUGGGUCUUCCAGUUCUGCCUGGUCAUCGCCAGCUGUCAGUACUCACUACUGAAGAGUGUUCAACCAGAUGCAGCCUCCCCAAUGCAUGGCCAUAACUGGGUCAUCGUGUACAGUCGGCCCGUCUACUUCUGCCUGUGCUGUGCUCUCAUCUGGGUGUUAGACUUGGCGGGGCGCUCAGGCCACCUGCAGCCCUUCUCACUCUACGGCGUCACCUUCUUCUCCGCUCACUUCCUGCUCUGUGCCAGGGACGUGCUCAUAGUGUUUGCCUUGUGUUUCCCCGUCAUUUUCCUUUUUGGGCUUCUACCUCAGGUCAAUACCUUCCUCAUGUGUCUGCUGGAGCAGGUCGACAUGCACAUUUUUGGGGGAACAGCCACCACCAGCCCCCUGUCGUCUCUUUACAGCCUGUUACGCAGUGUGUUGGUGGCUGCGUUGCUCUAUGGAUUCUGCCUCGGGGCUAUCAAUGCGCCCUGGGAACACCCCCAUGUGCCAGUACUGUUUUCAGUGUUCUGCGGCCUGCUCCUGGCCCUCUCCUACCACCUGAGCCGCCAAAGCAGUGACCCUGUCAUCCUGUGGUCUCUGGUCCGCUCUAAGUUCUUUCCCGAGCUGGAGAGCCGGACCCCUGAGGAGCCUCCUCUGGAGAUCAAAGACCCCCUGCCUGAGAAGCUACGCGACUCUGUGAGAGAGAUUUUCCACUCGGAUCUGGUCAUGUUUCCCCUCAUGGCUGUCAUCACGUUUGCCAUCAGUGCCAGCACCGUGUUCAUCGCUCUGCAGCCUGCUCUUAGUUAUAUCUUGUACAUGGUGGCCGGGGUGGUGGGCUUCCUCACACACUACCUGUUGCCUCAGCUCCGCAAGCAGCUGCCCUGGUUCUGCCUGGCCCACCCCGUGCUCCGUUCUCGAGAGUACAGCCAGUUCGAGGUCCGCGAUGCCGCCCAGUUGAUGUGGUUCGAGAAGCUGUAUGCGUGGCUGCAGUGUGUGGAGAAGUAUGUCAUCUAUCCGGCUGUAGUGCUCAACUCCCUCACUACAGAGGCGCAGCGCGUCAGCCUGAAACCCAAGGAGCUUGACAUCUACGGCCGUGCUCUCUUCAUCUCUCUGGCGGGGAUGAAGCUGCUGCGUUCGUCGUUCUGCGCCCCGUCUCUGCAGUACGUCACGCUGUCCUUCACCGCCCUCUUCUUCCUCUUCGACUACCCACACUUCUCAGAGACCUUCCUGCUCGACUACUUCUUCAUGUCCAUCCUCUUCAGCAAGCUCUGGGACCUGCUCUACAAGCUGCGUUUUGUCCUCACCUACAUCGCUCCCUGGCAGAUCACCUGGGGCUCUGCCUUCCACGCCUUCGCCCAGCCCUUCGCUGUGCCCCACUCAGCCAUGCUGUUUGUCCAGGCCGUGUUCUCUGCUCUCUUCUCUACCCCUCUUAACCCUGUCCUGGGCAGUGCUGUGUUCGUCACCUCCUACACCAGGCCCGUCAAGUUCUGGGAGAGAGACUACAACACCAAGAGGGUUGAUCACUCCAACACGCGACUGGCCACCCAGCUGGACCGCAACCCAGGUGCUGAUGACAACAACCUGAACUCCAUCUUCUAUGAACACCUGACGCGCUCUCUGCAGCACAGCCUGUGUGGUGAUCUGCUGCUGGGCCGCUGGGGAAACUACACCACAGGAGACUGCUUCAUCCUGGCCUCCGACUACCUCAACGCCCUGGUGCACGUCAUCGAGAUCGGCAACGGCCUGGUCACCUUCCAGCUGAGGGGGCUGGAGUUCAGGGGUACCUACUGCCAGCAGCGGGAGGUGGAGGCCAUCACCGAAGGGGUGGAGGAGGACGAGGGCUGCUGCUGCUGUGAGCCAGGCCACCUGCCCCACAUGCUCUCCUUCAACGCGGCGUUCGGCCAGCGAUGGCUGGCCUGGGAGGUGGCCGCCACCAAGUACGUCCUGGAGGGCUACAGCAUCAGCGACAACAACGCCGCCUCCAUGCUGCAGGUGUUCGACCUGCGCAAGAUCCUCAUUACCUACUACGUCAAGAGCAUCAUCUUCUACGUGAGUCGCUCUCCUAAACUGGAGGAGUGGCUGGCCAAUGAGACGGUCCAGGAGGCGCUGCGGCCCUGCCUGGGCCCGGCCUACGUGGACAGUGACCCGACCUUUAACCUGAACAUAGACGAGGACUACGACCACAGGGCCUCUGGCGUCACCCCCACUGCCUUCUGUAUGGUCUACCUGGACUGGAUCCAGUACUGCAACAGCAGACGCCCGACGCCAGUGGAGGACAGCGAGAGGGAUUCUCCGCUGAUCACCCUGUGUUUUGGCCUCUGCAUCCUGGGGAGACGGGCUCUGGGCACAGCCUCCCACAGCAUGUCAGCCAGCUUGGAGCCUUUCCUGUACGGCCUCCACGCCCUCUUCAAGGGGGACUUCCGCAUCACCUCUCCCAGGGACGAGUGGGUGUUUGCUGACAUGGACCUGUUGAACAGGGUGGUGGCCCCCGGGGUGCGCAUGUCCCUCAAACUGCACCAGGACCACUUCACGUCCCCAGACGAGUACGAGGACCCGGUGGUUCUGUACGACGCCAUCACUGCCAACGAGGAGAAGAUGCUGAUCAGCCACGAGGGCGACCCGGUGUGGCGCAGCGCCAUCCUGGCCAACAUGCCGUCGCUGCUGGCCCUGCGCCACGUCAUGGACGACGGCAGCGACGAGUACAAGAUCAUCAUGCUCAACAAGCGGUUCCUCAGCUUCAGGGUCAUCAAGGUGAACAGGGAGUGUGUGCGCGGCCUGUGGGCGGGGCAGCAGCAGGAGCUGGUGUUCCUGCGGAACCGGAACCCGGAGCGCGGCAGCAUACAGAACGCCAAGCAGGCCCUGAGGAACAUGAUCAACUCGUCAUGUGACCAGCCCAUCGGCUACCCCAUCUACGUGUCGCCCCUCACCACCUCCUACGCAGGGGGGCACACCCAGCUCCGCUCCGUCUGGGGGGGGCCUGUCAGCCCCCAUAACAUCUACACCUGGCUCAUCAGCAGCUGGGACAGGUUACAGAAGGGUUGUGGGGCUGGCUGCAACAGUGGAGGGAACAUCGAGGACUCGGACUGCGGCGGCGGCUCCACUUCCAUCUCCAACAACCCAGCGGCUCACACCACCCAGAGCACCCCGGCCUCCAGCUUGCCCCUGCCCCAGCCCCAUUUCACCUCCAUCCACCCCCCCAUGGGAACUGACAACCCUGUGGGUCCUACCCCCACCUGGCCCCACCACCCUCAGCCCCUCCCCUUGGCCCUGCUCAGCCAGUCAGAGGGCAGGAUGGACGCUGGGCUGGUCACCUCCCUCCACCGGACCUCGUCCAUCCAGGGCCUCCUGGGCCAGCACCUGUCCAGCUCCCAGCUGUCCUUCAGUAGCUCUGUGGCCAUGCCUUCCCUGCCCGGCCCGGAGCGCUUCUGCCCAGGCAGCUUCCAGGAGGGGGUGCACAGAGGGUCCGGACGGACAGGACAUGGCCUGGGGCAGGGCAGCGGGCUGCCCUAUGAGGGCCUCUACGGGAAGUGGAGCCUGUCUGGCAGAAAGGGCUUCAACGGGCCUGCCUCCGCUGAGAGUGACAGCGGAGGGUCUCCGUGCAUACGGACACAGUCUACUCCACCUGCAGCUCCGCCUGAGGCCAGCCCAACCCAAGACCCACUGGGCGUUACCCAGUCCGCUGAGACCACGACCCUCACUGCAGGGGAGCCCCCCAGCCCCGCCCCCCGAGAGGAGUCCACAGAGCUGCCUUUACUUGAGCAUCUGGACUGAGUCUGCACUGGAGAACACAUGAGAACCCCUGCAGCCAAAGCACACCACCACCAUGGCCAGUUCUAGAGCGGGCCUAACCGGCUCAAACUGGACUCAUUCCAGCUUCCCGGAGUCAUUCCAAAGAGAACUGGACUCUGAGGUUCGCUACAUCUCUGGCAGAUCACAACCUCUCAACAUGUUCAUUUGUAAAUGUUUUCCAGCCUUUGCAAUACUGGAUGGAUCUGGGAGGUCUAAGUACAUUCAUCUGCUCCUCAUCGAACCACCGUAAGGAUGCAUGUAAAAACAAAAUGUAUGCACCGACCCCCCCCCUCCCUUCCAAAAAAAAAACAUUCGCCGUGUCCCCUCCUAG